CUCCAUAGACACGCAUCAGGUUGAGGAGCUUUCCGGCGGUUACAAGUGAAGAACUAACACACUAGGAGACAAAAAAACGCGCGCGCACCACCACGAGAAGGAGGAGUUUCCCUUUCACUCCUUUUGAGCAUCCACUAUUACCAUUUACCAGUAUAGGACUAAGGUGUUACAAGUAUUGUGAGGUGUGAGCAAUGGCGUCAAGACCCGAGGUAGUGGCACCGCCAGAGAUAUUCUAUGACGAUGCUGAAGCACGCAAGUACACUUCUUCUUCCCGUAUUAUUCAAAUCCAGGCAAGUCUGUCAGAGAGAGCCUUGGAGCUACUUGCUUUGCCUGAUGAUGGUGUUCCGAAAUUACUUCUUGACAUUGGUUGUGGAUCGGGACUUAGCGGUGAAACACUCUCGGAAAAUGGACACCAUUGGAUUGGUCUUGACAUUUCACCUUCCAUGCUUAACGUUGCGCUGGAGCGAGAAGUUGAAGGUGACCUUUUAGUGGGUGACAUGGGUCAGGGUUUAGGGCUUCGUCCUGGAGUUAUUGAUGGUGCCAUCAGUAUAUCUGCUGUUCAGUGGUUAUGUAAUGCUGAUAAAUCCUCUCACAACCCUCGAUUAAGAUUGAAGGCUUUUUUCACAUCUUUAUAUAGAUGCUUAACAAAUGGAGCUAGAGCAGUAUUUCAAGUGUAUCCUGAAAAUCUAGACCAGCGUGAGCUGAUUUUGAAUGCUGCAAUGCAUGCUGGAUUUGCUGGUGGUAUAGUGGUGGAUUUUCCACACAGUUCAAAGAGGAGAAAAGAGUUUCUUGUUCUCACAUGUGGUCAACGAUCGAUAAAUGCAUCCCUGUCCAAGCCUAAAGAUGGAAAUGAGGAGAGUUGCUCUGAUGAUGACAAUGAUGAAGAUGAAGAAAAUCAGACAGUGUGUAUCUCAGACAGGCAUAGACCCCGAAAGAAACAGAAAAACAACAAUAAGAAGGGCAAGGGGAGAGAUUGGAUUCUGAGGAAGAAGGAGCAGAUGAGAAGAAGAGGAAAUGCUGUUCCUCAAGACACCAAGUACACAGGUCGGAAAAGGAAAGAUCUCUUUUGAUCUUGUUUGUGUAAAGGAUUUUUUACACUAGCUGUUCGACCACCAUUUUGAAUUAGAUGAUAUUAAAAUUUGGUAUUGUAAAAUAUAAGAUAUUACUUUUAGAAUUUUAAAUUGUAUAUAUAAAAAUAUAAUAUUGUAUGUUUAAU